AUGAGGUGCCUGGACAAAAGGUGGCUGGACAAAAGGUGGCAGGCAAGUUGGCCUGAUGAUGUAUUUAAUUUGAAAUGUUAGGCCUCUUGAACUAACAUUCAGACGAAGGAAAGCAAACCGCACAGGUCUUGAUCUAUCCGCUUGUUUACAGCUCUAACACUGAAGAUGAAUCCCCAAUGCAGCAGGUGCACGAAGACAGUCUACCCAAUGGAAAAAUUGAAUUGUUUGGACAAGUACUGGCACAAAGCAUGUUUUAACUGCGAAACAUGCCACCAGACCCUAGACAUGAAGACCUACAAGGGUUUCAAUAAGCUGCCGUAUUGCAAUGCUCACUACCCGACAACGAAGCAUACCACUGUGGCAGAUACUCCGGAAAAUUUGCGUCUGGCACAGGCCGAAAAGGAACAAUCGACUUUGGUGUACCACAAAGAGUUCGAGGCUGGGAAGGGAAGUUACACAGUCGUAGCGGAUGACCCGGAGUCACUUCGCAUAAAGAAAGCACAGGCCCAAGCCAGUGAUAUUGGAUACACCACCAAUAUAUCGGGAAAACCAGCUCCUAGGAUCAGCACCAAACCACCCAAUAGACAUAGACUGCCAACUGAAGUCCCCCCACCAACACCGGUAGCUGGAAAAACGUACGUGGCAGUAUACGAUUACUCGGCAGCUGAUGAAGAUGAGGUCAGUUUCCAGGAGGGCGACAUCAUCAUUGACGCUACGGUCAUAGAUGAGGGUUGGAUGCAAGGACGUGUCCAAAGAACCGGGCAAUACGGCAUGUUACCUACAAACUAUGCCGAGGCUCAGUAAUGUUGUGGAGAUAGAAUAGAAUCACCCUCGUCACUUUUCUAAUUAAUCUAAACUUAUCUAAGUAUAAUAGCAUGAUAAUAAACUGUGUGCUGCAGCUAAGGUAGUGAAACGACAUCCCGCAACCGCAAUCCGUACUUUGCCAUCAUUGAUCAUUAUACCCUUAUCCAUGAUAUCCCGCUGAUGCCAAGUGACCAUUCACGGAACCAAACCGAUCUAGCCCAAUCCGCUUCGGUCUCGUUUGCUGUCUGAAGGCUCACGGAUACGAUCUUGGCGGGGCUGGUUCGAUGUGGUCGAAAGGUUGACGUUCUCUCUUUCUUGCCCACAUUUUUUGUAUCGUGUUCGCAAUCUCAAAAACCAUGAGUUUUUUUCAUUUUAGCAAAAAAACUC